AUGGGCGAUAGCAGCAUCACUGGCGGCGAUAUGGCAGCGCCCUCGAAGAUCGAAAGCCUACCGGAGGGUACCCCCAGCUCGAUCGAGUCAACACCCGAACCAGAACCCGGCGCGGAGCCCUCCAACGAACCGGUUCAACCUCAGAAGCGUAAAGGUGGACGCAAGCCGAUAUAUGCUACAUCCGAAGAGCGUAAGCAGCGCAACAGGCAAGCUCAGGCUGCCUUUCGUGAACGGCGUACGGAGUACAUCAAGCAGUUGGAAGCAACCAUCAAGCAGAAUGAAGAUCAGCUGGCCACCCUCCAGCAGAAUCACCGUACGGCGGCCGAUGAGUGCCUCAUGCUGAGGUACAAAAACUCUCUUUUAGAACGAAUAUUGCUGGAGAAGGGCAUCGACGUUCAAGCGGAGCUUCAGAUGAAGUCUGCUAGUCCAGUGCUGGGUCCCGGUUUCAUGACCCAUGGCGUUGGGCUACCACAUGUUCAGCAGCCGCCAUUGCAGCGCACUGCUCUACAUAGACAGCAGGCCAGACGAUCUGCAACUCAGCCAUUUCUUCCUAAGCUCGCUCCUGGACAGACAAGUGUGGACAUGGCUUAUGCGCAAUCCUCACCCCUUGCACAUCCAACACCUUCGUCACACACAUCCUCGCCCUCGGCGGUGUCCACGCGAUCCCCCAUGGCUGUACACCAAGCAGGGAUGCCUUCGCCAGCCCCUGUUCCAGUCACUCAGCCGCAGGCACAGCACUUUGCGAAUUUUACACGCCCGUCGCAACAGCAAUCUAACCAGGCUUUGUACCAAGCGCAGCAGCAGCAAGUCGGCGCCCAGCGACAAGCUCAGCGAUCUGCAACGAACUACCACAGCAGCGGCAUGUCAAGCGCGUCGGCUGGUAGCCACCACAGCGCCAAUCAUCCCGGGCAAGGCGGCAACCCGGCUACCACAGGGCCGUUGGCAUCGACUUUCUACCCAAGCCCCUUCCAAAAGCAUUUUGAUCAGCUCGACCAGGAGUACGAUACUCAGCAAACCCGAUCGAUGCUCGACGAACCCGACGUCGAAGACCUUGGUGCACCUCACUCGCCCGUCCUGCAUGGAACCUAUCCGCCGCAGUUCGAACAUUCGCAAGGGCAACAGCAUCCCAACUUUUAUCCUCAGGCGAGAGGAGGCAUGGCGACGGCGCAGUCGCGGCAGACACCACCGCAUACGCAGUACGAUCAGCCCCAGAUGAUUCACCCGACGAGCCACCCGACAGCUGCAGAAGGCCACUUCGACGUGGACCAGAAUGACGCCAUGCUCGAUACUGACCCUUUUAACAUGGGUCCAAAUUUACACUACCCUAAUGCUUACACCUACGACCAGCACCAGCAACGUUAG